AUGAGCGGCAAACGAAAAGCCUCGGUCUUUGAGGAGGACAUGUUCUACCUCCAACAGAACAUAAUUCCUUCAUCGCCCUCCCUGACAUCAUCCCCUCAAUCCGCAACAAGCACCAUCUCAUACAACAGCGACACACAUGCUUAUCCCACUUUUCGAAUAAAAGCCGUUCCUUACCUGAACAGUCGGACGCGCAAGAGAUAUCGCGACGACAGACCGAACGAGGAGAUUAUCCACGAGCACACGUUGAGGAAACUGUACGACGCCCAACGGCUGCAUCUUGACGAAGCAAUGCCCAUGUCGGACGUGAUAACCCUGGGUGAAGACGGCCUGCCAAUGGACGAAGCCGAUGCCGAGAUGACCGAUGAUGUCCCAGAAGCCGAGAUCCCACAGACGGCUCAACCGAACCAGAGAACAAUAGAUGCCUUCUUCGGCGGGCGAGGCGACUCACAAUCUAGAGCAAACAUAGCCGAACUGGCGGCGCCAAACACCCUUACUUCCACUUACAGUCCUUCCAACAGACCGCGACAACAGAUCCAGAGGACCUGUUCUGACUACUGGAGUGGUCUCACUCUGCGAUCCGUCAAUGGAUCCGCCGCUGCCCGAUGA